AGGACCAUCGGCUUCAUAGGCAGGGUCACUCACUAUACUCUGUAUCUUUAGGUAUUUAAAAAAACGUCAACGAAAUCUACCCUCAAAUAGCUCCUUAAGCCAGAUGAAAACAUUACAUGAUCAAAUAAUGUAGGUUUAAAGUCAGUGCUGCUAGCAUGACUUACCGCGACAAGCUCGACAAGAGACAGAUGGGCGCGACUUGAGGCCUUGUCGCGGGGUGGCAGCACAACUCAUGCGCGAGAGAAGCGACAAACUCGUGAUCAAAAGUCACUGUCAGAAAAUGACAGCAUACCGCGACUUUGAACUAAAACCGUAGCACAACUACCUAUUUGUGGACAAAAUGUUUUCUCGUCUUUACGUCAAACCGCGAGUCAAAGUCUACGCGACUUCAUGACCGCGACUAGUGGUUUAGUGCAUUUAUUUUGGAAAAAAAUUAAGUUAUCUCUUGCAAAGGUAAGUAAAAAUUUGGUCAAUUUAUGUAAAUACUAUUUAAUUACUCCGUAUAUUUUAAAGUGACGUACAAUGUUACAAAAUCACAACAUUUUCAGAAUGGCUUUAUUCUUCAUUUUAAACGAAGAAAGACGGGCCCGUAAAAUCCAACGUUCUCGGCUCAGGGAUUAUGCCAACCCCUUCGAGCUCCCGGAACAAGAGUUCUUCCACAAUUAUAGAAUGAACAAGCCUAUGGCUUUGUACUUGUGCCGGGAGUUGGAAGGUGCGUUGGCUCCCCGACAACGACAUGGACUCCCUGUCCAUAUAAAGGUGCUGGUUGCCAUAAAAUUCAUGGCAGGUGGCAGUUACCAACGGGAGAUCGGGCAGGACCACAAUUUGUGCGUAGCACAAAGAACGGCCUCCAAAUAUAUAGGUCAAGUGGUCGCUGCCAUUAAUAGAAGCCUGAAACCUAAAUGGAUAUCCUUCCCGGGUACCGAGAGGGAAAGACGAGACGUCGCGGCGGCUUUCCAAGAAAUAUAUGGCUUGCCUGAUUUGUUGGGAACUAUCGAUUGUACCCACGUCUCGAUCUUUCCUCCUCCUCGACCGCGCGGCCUGCAGUUCAUCAACCGGAAAGGAAAACAUACCCUCAAUGUGCAAUUGAUCGCUGAUGUAAACUGCAGGUUGCUGCACGUAAAUGCGCAGUACCCGGGAAGAGUACACGACCAAUUCAUUUUUAACCACUCUGUGGUGAAAAAUGAAUUGCGCCGGCUAUACGAUCUUAGAAUCGGAUCGUAUUAUCUGCUGGGAGAUUCAGGUUACGGACUGGAGCCAUGGCUUAUGACUCCAGUCCUUAACGCUGCACCGGGGUCCGCGGAGGAGCGGUACACCGCAUGGCACUGCCAGGUCCGCAACAUCAUCGAGCGGACCAAUGGCUAUUUGAAGGGGUCACUGCGGUGCUUGGGUUUGGACCGGUCUCUACAUUAUAGCCCUGAAAAGUCCUGCCGCCUUAUCUAUGCGUGUUGUACCAUUUACAACAUAAUGAAACAUUUUAGGGUGGAAAUGGACGAACCGUUGGAAGAACCCGUCCAACAACACAGGCCGGAGCCAGUACCACAGGCGGCACUUUAUCAGGCCGCUUUGAACAAAAGAAAUCAACUCAUCUUUACUUACUUUAAUUAAGAUUAUUUAACUUUUAGAAUUAUAUUUUCAUGUUGAUUUCAA